CACAUUUAUGCUCAGUCAGCCAAGUCGCUUCGCGGUGUUCGCUUGCGCGAUCGUCUUAACGUGUGGUCCGUGGAGGGGGGCCUUUGCGUUCUGAUCCGGAUAUCGGGCAGUGUUAGUUGUCGGGCGGUUUUCAGAGGAUCCGGGCGAAGAAUCACCGAAAAAUGAGUUCGGAGGAAACGGUUGAGGUGGUCAUACCACUUGUGAAAACCAUCACCAACCUGACCUUUCGAAAUCUGUCGUACAGUGCGGGGCAGAAGCAGCUGCUGCGCAACAUCUCCGGCACGCUCAAGUCUGGCCGAUUGACUGCAAUUCUGGGCCCGUCGGGUGCCGGUAAAUCGACGCUACUCAACAUACUCAGUGGCUUUAAAACGCAAGGAGUAAGCGGAAGAAUACUCAUCAACAAUGAGGCGGUGGAUUGUCACAAAUACCGCCAGCUAGUCGCGUACACCGAGCAGGAUGUACCAUUGCUGCAGAACCUUACCGUACGAGAAACGCUUCACUAUGUUGCAGAUUUAAAGCUGUCGAAGAACGUUUCCUACAUCCACAAGACGAAGAUCGUGAACGAUAUCGUAGCCCUGCUGGGGCUGCAGAAAUGCUCCCACAGUCAGGCGAAAACACUGUCCGGUGGAGAGCGGAAGCGACUCUCCAUCGGGCUGGAGUUGGUGUCAAACCCGAAGAUUAUGUUCUUCGAUGAACCGACUAGUGGGUUGGACAGUGUGGCGUCCUAUCAGGUGAUCUCGUACAUGAGGGAUCUCGCUCGGCAGGGCCGCUGUGUGGCUACUGUGGUGCAUCAACCCAGCUCGGAGUUGCUGGAGCUAUUUGACGAUGUUUAUAUCGUGGUGGAUGGGCGCUGUAUGUACCAGGGAUCACUAGACGACCUAAUACCGACGCUGGAGGAGGUCGGCUUCACCUGUCCGCCGUACUACAAUCGAGCCGAUUUUGUACUAAAAAUAGCGUCUCAGAGGACCGACGAUAUGGACAGUGUGGAGAAGCUGAUAGCACGGGCUGAUACCGCCAUUAAUGGAUACCUGGAGAAUGGUAGCACACACUUGGAGGAGUGUAACAACCUGAUGGCAGAGAGCAGAGCCUCCGCACAGUAUCCCAUCGCCUGGUGGCGUCAGUUUGUUGUGCUGGUACGCCGAACCGCGCUCUGUACGCUGCGAAACAUCACGCUGACCCGGUUCCGGCUGUUGGGCCAUCUGCUGUUCGGCCUGACGAUAGGGAGCGUGUUCUACGACGUGGGUGACGACGGUGCCAAAGUGUUAUCUAACGUGUCCUGCCUCAUACUCUUCCUCAUGUUUAUCGUGUUUGCGAACGCGAUGACGGUGGUGCUGACGUUCCCCCUUGAGAUGGCCGUAUUUGUGCGGGAGCACAAGAGCAACUACUACCCAGUGUCCGCCUACUACUGCUCCAAGCUGGUGGCCGACUUCCCGCUGAUGCUGGCCGGGGUGAGCUGCUUUCAACUGAUCGUGUACUACUUAACCGGGCAACCGAACGAAACGGACCGGGUCGUGGCGUUCUGGGGCAUCUGCGUACUGUUCGGAUGGUUGGCGCAGAUGUACGGCAUGGUCGCCGGUAGUGUCUUCCCCCUAGACGUCAGUCCAUUCGUGGUGCCGGCGUCCAUCAUACCGGCGGUCAUGUUUUCCGGCUUCUUCAUCCGGUACAGCGAACUGUUGGCGGCGUUUCGACCGCUUACCUACGUCAGCUACUUUCGGUACGGGUUCGAGGGGCUGGCCCAGGUAGCGUACGGAUUCAAUCGAACGCAGCUCGGGUGUAGCGAGAUGUUUUGCUACUAUCGCAAAACGAGCAAAGUGAUGGAAAUGCUGCAGAUGGAACCGAACCGUUACUGGUACGAUGUGGCGGGCCUGUCCGUGUGGGUUGCCGUCCUUCACGUGCUGCUGUACGUGAGCCUGAAGGUACGGUUACGGCGCAACCGGUGAAUGGGCUGUUGCUGGAAUGGAAUCUUGCAUCAAAACUCGAACGACCUUGGGCGGUGUCGGUGCAGGCAAGCAUCUGGAUGGUGAUCGUGACAUUGAAUGCGUGAAGCGUUGUUGAGUGCAACAACCUCAGACAAGACAAGGAGCACAGCAGCGCAAGAGAGAGAAGUAAAA